CUCCUGGCAAGCUGUUUUUCCAAUUAAAGAAGGGCUAUUCUAGCAACACGGUGCAGCAGAAAUCAACAGUGUAAUGGAAAAGAGCAAAGUGAAAAUUUGCUCCUUUGGAAGCUCCUAAGUGAACACAGCAGUUUCCUUGCUAGCCAUCAGAUGAAAGGGAGAAAACUUUGGUGUCACACCUUCAGGAGAAGACCUGUCUAGGUGCAACAUCAUGGGACUGUGCUGAAUUUCGUUGUUGGUGUUGUUCCCUAUUGGAAAAAAAAAUGCCAGAACUGAUCUCCCACUUCCCAACUAUGGAGUCGGGAAACUCCAGCGCUGCUAGACACCUUGGAUCCUGCUUCAGGGGAGUGAAUGUCAGCGAGGAAUACAAGGAACAGCUUGCUUCUCCUUGGUUUGCCACAACGUUUGGCCUGAUUGGUCUCUUCUCCAACCUCUUUGCCUUGUGCGCUCUGGUCAAUUCCUCCAGGAAGAUGCAGAGCUCAUCCGGUUCCUUCUUCUUGGUCUUUCUCUGUGGCUUGGUGGUGACGGAUUUCCUGGGUCUUCUGCUCACGUUCGUCAUCGUGAUUCCCUACCACUUCCUCCGCUUUGACUGGAUGGAUGUAGAUCCUGGAUGCCACCUCUGCAACUUCCUGGGCUUCAUCAUGGUCUUUUUCGGGCAAUGCCCACUCCUGUUAGGUGCCACCAUGGCCGGAGAGCGUUUUAUAGGUAUCAACCGACCCUUUUCCCGGUCUGCUGGUAUUUCCAAACGCAGGGCCUGGACCUUGGUGGGUGUGGUGUGGGCUUUGGGUUCCUUUUUUGGCCUCUUACCCUUUUUUGGCCUGGGGGAUUAUAGCCUGCAGUACCCCAACUCCUGGUGUUUUCUCACUUUGGUCCAUGAUGCCCGGAAUGUUGUUUUCUGCUUCCUGUUUGCCCUGCUGGGCCUCCUCUGUGUGGGCCUUUCCUUCCUCUUCAAUACAAUCAGCGUUGUGACCCUUUGCCGAGUCUAUCAUGAUUCUGAGUCCGUGCAACGCCGGAGGGACAGCGAAGUGGAGAUGAUGGUCCAGCUUUUGAUGAUCAUGGUUAUCGCAAGUGUCUGUUGGCUUCCCUUGUUGAUACUCAUUCUCCAGAAAGCUCUUCAACAGCCGCCUCCCGGCCUGCUGCCCAAUCAGAUCCCGCAGGAAACUGAGAAGUUGCUGCUCAUCUACGUCCGGGUGGCCACUUGGAACCAGAUUCUCGAUCCCUGGGUCUACAUCCUCUUCCGCCGAGCAGUGCUGAGACGCAUCUACCCCAGCUUCAAGGCCAGGCCUUCUAUUGUCUCCCUUUACCCGGUGCUCAACCCAUCCCUACGGAGGAAAUUUACUCAGGAAUCGGUGUUGCACUAGCAAGAUAUUGCGCUGAGGUCCAGCUCAUAGGAUUCCCACUUUAACAGGGCAAAGGGAGCCCUGGAGUGCUAUGCUUUUACCCGUAGUCCUCAACUUACGACCACAAUUAGUCCCCAAAUUUCCAUUGCUAAGCGAGACGGUUGUGAAGUGAGUUUUGCCCCAAAUGAUGAUCUUUCUUGCCACGGUUCUUAAAUGAAUCACAGCAGUUGUUAAGUUAGCAACACACUUGUUAAGUGAAUCUGGCUUCCCCACUGACUUUGCUUGUCAGAAGUGUGAAAAAAGUGGCCACAUUACUCUGGUCACACUACAACCCAUCAUAAAUACAUGCCACUCGCCAAGUGGCUGAGUAUUGAUCAUGUGACCAUGGGGAUGCGGCAGGGGUGUACGUGUGAAAAAUGGUCCUCACUUUUUUCUGUGCCUUGUAAUUUUGAACGGUCACUAAACAAAUGGUCGUAAGUCGAGGAUUACCCACACUAUAACUUUGCUGCUUGAUAGUUUGCAUUGGGGUAAAGGCCCUGGAAGUGUACUAGGACCUCCCUCUAAGCAACAGUACUAUAAGUACUCUGUUGGAUGUCGCCUCUCAGCUCUAGCCAUAGCCUCAAAUGUAGCAUGUAGCUUCACAUUGGAUUGCCUGACGUGCUUUCUGAGAGUGGAAAGGACAGUUCCUCACAAUGGAAGAAAGGCAGGAAGGUCACAGGAAGUCCUCAACUUACGACUAGUAAGCUUAACGACCCUUUGAAGUUCCAACCAACCUCCCUCUCCCAAAAGCUGCUUACAACACAGUUCCAAAGAUCUGAUGCCGUCCGCCCCCCCAUCCUCUGCAGUUGCUUGACUGCAUUUGGGAUGCAAUUGGACCACAUUUCUGGCAGUUUGCAGUACCCCACCGUCACUUGACCCUGAUUUGUGAUGGUUUUGCCAUAUUUCCAGCAAAACUCAGCCCAGAGCAAACAAUGGAUUCACUUUAACAAUCACUAUGGAAAAGAUCAUAAAGUCUGAUCUGGUUACAUAGUGACCCGCUUUAAUGACUUACAAUUGUAAUUGCCAGCCUCAGUUAUGUUCAUAACAGGAGGACUACCUGUAGUUUGGCAACCUGACACAAGAAGAAGUCAGUUUUUAAGCAUGAAGUUGGUUAAUUAAUGGGGAAAUUGAUCCCCAGUGGAACUUCAGAGAAGAAGACUAAAUGCAGGAUGACCAGGGCAAUUCAAAAUGCAUGGGGGCCAUGUACAUGAUUGUUGCAGUAAUAAAUCCUGUGGCAGUAUACAAUAUAUUUGUGAUGGUCAUCUUUUGGAAGUGGGGCUGGAUUCUUUCACUGUCCUGGCAAGCUGGAUUUCAAAGCAUUGGAAAAUUACUGUGGUUGUUUCAAGUUGAGUUUGCCCCAAGCAAUCCCUAUAUCCAGACUGAAACAAGUGCACACAUCGCUCAGUUCAGCUAGCAAAAAUGUAAAAAGCUUGAGGUUUAUUUAUUAAAUAUCAGCUAAUAUUAAAUUAAAAAAGCCUCAGCUGGCCAAACCAGGACAAAAGGCAACUGAACGCAGGGUGAAAGAAGGACAUGAGCAAUAUGCAAGACUUUACCUGAUCUACAUACAUAUCUAUAUAUAUUGAGAAGCAUAGAAGUUUCCAAAUGCACUGGAAGUAAUACUGUAAAUCAAGGCCGUCUAAACCUUGGCAAGUCCCAAAAGUGCUUUUUCAAGAGGCAACUGGAUUUUCUUGUUUUUCUUUGCAGAUGUUUUACUUCUCUUCCAAGAAGCUUCUUCAGCU